AUGCAAUCUCUUUUGCGCGAUCAACCAUUGCUGUUCCGUAUGUCGCACCGAUAAUUAAGCUUGCACUGUUGACGAGACUUGAUCAAGUCGCAUUGGUCAGUCAUAAGCUGUCACGCGACGCGCCGCCAAUGCGCCUACACUCAGGCGAAACUCGGAGACGACACGAAUCCAGCGAACAGUCACCAUGCCGCUCCACUCCGAUCACCUAAACUACCUCAUCCUUCGCUACUUUCAAGAGAACGGUCUGGAGAGCUCUGCCAUCGCUUUCCACAAGGAAUGGCAUCGACCACGGGAUUUCCGGAACCCGGAGAGCUUCCCCUUCGCUCGUGCCGUGAAGCGGAACGACCUGUAUAUGUUGGUCAAUGAAGGCCUCUUUCUUGAUGCAGCGACCGCGCGAAGGAGAGAUCAGCCACGGAGGUACCCAUGGGCGGACGUAAACCCCCGCGAGCCUAUGGGCGAGGAAGAAACUACGCUACUUGAGAACGGUGUGGCCAGCUCUGACAGCAGGCCUACUACGAGUAGCGGGAAGAGGAAAGAUCGGCCUUCAACUGCCAAUGCCAAUGCCAAUGCAGCGAAGCAGAUCAUGCGGGCGCCUGAUGAGUUUCCGGUGCCUGCGCCCAAGCGGCAACGGAGGACGUCAGUCACUGAUGGAGGAAGUAUGGUCAACGGCGUCAUGGACGAGACUAUGGAGAUCGACGUUGUGACUAACGGCUCACCGGAUGUCGGAGCUGGACAGGACAAUGAUGCAGAAGCAGCCACCACCGCUUCAGGCGAAUUAGACGUUGAGGCUGAAGCGCAGCCUGCGCGCUAUGACAGCAUGGACCUUAUGACCCAGACUGAGACAAAGAUUGGCCCUCUGACUAGUACAAUGUACUGGAAGCUAGACAAGCCCGGCGCCAGAGUUUUUCAGAGCGCCUUCAAUCCUGACGCUUCUGAUCCGAAGAACGCGAGCUUGAUGCUAACGGUAGGACAAUCUUUGUGCCGCUUGUACGACGUCCCGCAAACUCUGGACGGAACCUCCGCAAUUGAACACCAGGAUGACCCCCACCUGCCACCACAGGGUCUAAUCAUGGCAAGCGCAUGGCAUCCAAAGGGCCACACGGCUGCUUGUGCAAUGCAAGCGAUCCUGCAACUCUCUGACAGCGGCAGUGACGAUAAGCAAGAUCAACAACACCCAAUGCAGCUUAUACUCAACCACGGUCGCGAUCACGGCAGCUCUGCAUGGGAUGUUGAUGAGACUUUGCUGCAAGCGUCAAGCGUCGUGCUGUGUGUCCGAUACAGCCCUCAGGGCAGUUAUCUGCUCGUUGCGCGUACUAACACUGAAAGAGGGCUGGUACAGAUAUGGAAGGUACCAGCCGAUGUGCAGCAGUCUGCCAGUGAGGGUCUGGAAGAUCACAACGUGGCGAAGCAGCCGAUUGCAUGGUGCAUGUUCGAUCGCCAGCUGCUCGAUGCCUGCUGGAUCGGAGAAGAUACUUUCAUGGUCAGUGGCUCGGCGGGCUUGGCGAGGUCCUAUCGCCUCUCAGAAGCACGAGAAGUAUGUGCGGAGGAUAUAGAUGCAGACAAUGUUGCCAUCCGUGGCCUAUCAGAACUGAGCUCCCGCGUGGUGGAGACGGAGGAGGAGUGCGACAAGCUACGCUUCGAUGCCGAAGUUGGCGUUGCUAUCUAUGCCUCGACCGAGGCGAAGCUGAUGAUCAUGAGAGCGAUCUUCCCCGAGUCAAACUCUGGAGAGGGUGCGGCCGGUUCUUCCACGUCCGGCGCUGCCUCCGUAGAGUUACCUGGAACCUUAACAGCACUGGCAUUUCAGCCACCACAACAAGUCGAUCGAGGCGGGCCAGGACAGGGGCCCAGCGAUGCCAGCGACGGAAAGAGCGCUAUACUCGGCGCCGCCUUCGAAGAAGGCUUUGCUGUACUGUACCGCAUCACGAGCUCAUUUGAUGCCCGGCGCAACAUCCUGUGCCAAGUAUACCGUCAAGUCCAACUCGCGGACGGCCCUGCAUUCGCGCUUGCGUGGUCACACCAGGGCACGCAUCUUGCAAUUGGCGGGCCGGAAUUAGUGCAGGUCUACACUGCUGAAGCCCUGUUCUCAAAGAAGACGAACAGGCUUGGACAGCAUGAGCCGCUUGUGACGUGGCGACCAGACCAAGCUGCUACGAGGAAUAGUGAGGCGACAGAGCCAGCAACGAGUGGUGCCGUAGAAGAUGAGGAUGAAGCGAGCAUUGAGCCGAGUCUGAGUUGGAGUGCAGACGGAGAGAGUUUGGGAUUUGCGCAUGAACGACAGCUGGCUGUGAUACGGUUUAGGCCGCCCCUGCACAGCGCCGCAGGUCACACAAUGCAAGUGGUUGAGGCGAGUGCUGAAAGUGUAGCCUCGUAAGAGAGUCUAGCAGUUUCAUUGUCUGGAAACUCGUUACAAUAAACGUGCUUGGCCAGCUAGCCAUAUGUUGUGUGGGCAGUGUCACCGGAACGCCCGGACGUCCAUGUCACAGUUGCCUUACCUUCUGUUACUGCCGCAAAUGGCAGCCGUCUCCACUUCACUCAUCGACCCGGAAGUCUCCAGCUUUUCCAGGAUCCACAACCGCCCCAUAAAAGUGCGGAGCAUAACCGCGUGGGGUGGCUUCGUACCUUAAUCAUGGAACUGCGGACAAAGCGGCGUUCUCGCCUCGACGAAGAUGCCGGCGUCUCGGCGGCGGAGUCACAUACAUUUACACACAUUCACUCGACCAGCAAAACGUUCACUCUCCCGAUAGCCAGCCAACUCUGCCAGGCAGGCAAGACCUAGUUCGAUCGAUAUCGGACGGAAGGCUCUAGCCGGCAGAUUGACUAUCUCUCUUUGCCGAUACUGUAGCUGAGCCGCCAAGUCGCUG